GGCGAGGUGCUCAAUGGUCGCGUCUGGGGGGCGGGCAUGCAAAUCGGGGCUGUGUGAUUGCAGGGCGACGCAGGGGAUUCUCCGCCUCUUCGCCGAGAAAAGGGAGCGAUUUAGGGGCUGCAUCCGCGCUGGGCAGCUCAGGGUCGGCGAAGCAGGCUGAGAUUGAGUCGGUGCAGCGGCCAGUGAGCUGGGAUGUGAGUUCCCAGUCCGCCUAUGACACGCAGUGUUCCGAUUUCGUUCUCAAGAGCAGCUGCUACAUGUUCGCUUCGUCUCAGCGUUACCCGAGUUGCGUUAGAUCCUAACCGCUGAAGUCCCGAAAGCGGUCCCGCUCAGUGUGCGGAGCCCAACUCUUCAUCCUCCCCAGUUCCAUGAUCGCGGUAUGACUUGUUGUGAUUUGAUAGUUUGAUGGGGCUGUUACGGAUUAUGAUGCCGCCCAAGUUUCAGCUCCUGGCGGUCCUGGCGUUUGGGGUGGCUAUGCUCUUCCUGGAGAACCAGAUCCAGAAGCUGGAGGAGUCCCGGGGCAAGCUAGGAAACAGGUUGACCUUCCGGGGGCCAAGGCCAGAGCCAGAGAGGGCCAUUGCGAGGCACGAGGUCCGAGAGAUCGAGCAGCGCCACACGAUGGACGGCGCGAGAGACGCUCCGCUGGAGGAGAGUGAGGACGUGGUCAUCAUCUACAACCGGGUCCCCAAAACCGCCAGCACGUCCUUCACCAACAUCGCCUACGACUUGUGCGGCAAAAACAAGUAUCACGUCCUGCACAUUAACACCACCAAGAACAACCCCGUCAUGUCUCUGCAGGACCAGGUCCGCUUCGUCAAGAACGUGACGUCCUGGAGGGAGAUGAAGCCGGGGUUCUAUCAUGGGCAUGUGGCCUUCCUGGACUUCACCAAGUUUGGGGUGAAGAGGAAGCCGAUCUACAUCAACGUUGUGCGCGACCCCAUCGAGCGCUUGGUCUCCUACUAUUACUUCCUGCGGUUCGGCGACGACUACCGGCCCGGCCUGCGCCGGAGGAAGCAGGGAGACAAGAAGACCUUCGACGAGUGCGUGGCCGCUGGGGGCUCAGACUGCGCUGCGGAGAAACUCUGGCUUCAGAUUCCCUUCUUCUGCGGACACUACUCCGAGUGUUGGAACGUGGGCAGCAGGUGGGCGCUGGAGCAGGCCAAGUACAACCUGGUGAACGAGUACCUGCUGGUGGGCGUGACGGAGGAGCUGGAGGACUUCAUCAUGAUGCUGGAGGCGGCUCUGCCUCGUUUCUUCAGGGGCGCCACGGAGCUGUACCGCACAGGAAAGAAGUCCCACCUGCGAAAGACCAGCGAGAAGAAGCCACCGACCAAGGAGUCCAUAGCCAAGCUGCAGCAGUCGGACAUCUGGAAGAUGGAGAACGAGUUUUACGAGUUUGCGCUGGAGCAGUUCCAGUUCGUCCGUGCGCACGCCGUGCGGGAGAAGGACGGCGAGCUCUACCUCUUGGCCCAGAACUUCUUCUACGAGAAGAUCUACCCCAAAAUGAACUGAGAGCCCGGGGACGGGCUCCACCAGCGUGAGAGACGAUCGGACCUGCAGCUGCGGCCUCUUCCUCCCGUCACGGGCGCUGGGCGAGAAGGGGGGCUUCGCAGGCGACAGCGCCUUGUGCUCACAGGGAUCUCACGGUGCAGCGAGUCCUGGAGACCGUGCCAAAACUUUGUGUGCGCCACCGGCUCGAGACUCUCCCGUCGGGGGCGACUGACUGAAUAAGCCUCGGGGGGCCCCUCUUUGUUCCGGGGGACAGAGCCCCAGCGUCUGCCUCCCACUCCCUCGCCCUGGACGGGCGCUGCGGCCAGCGGCCCUACGAGGCGCGCUGGCGAGACCCGUUCUCAUGGACUUCCAGUACCGACUCUUUUUUUAAUCUUUUGGUAAGGGUGUCUUCUUCCGUGAGCGUUGUCGUCGCCCGGGACGGCGAGGAGUUCGCCGGCCUGUCCCAGCGCCGGGGCGCGCCCUGCCGAUCGGACCGCCACUCUCCGGACUCUUCGCAAGUGCCGCAGGCCGACAGCGCACAGCCAGCUGCUCAAGGCCUGCGGCGUGUGAAGUGGACUUGCCUCGUUUUACAAACAGUUGUGGUAUUGUACAUUUAUGGGAUUUUUUUUUUUUUGCAUCUUGUAUACUUUUACCUGUAGAAGUAUUUUUGCUAGGGUGCUUUGUAAAGUGUUUACAAGCGUUGUAAUUAAAAGUGAAAAAAGAAAAUUUAAUCAACCGCUGUACAUAUGGCGUAUUUUAUGUAUUUGGACCAAAAGAUGAUAAAGACUGAAAAUAAGGACUGGUUUCAGUUCUGAGAUUCAGCAGUUUUGUUCUGUGUGGUACAUAUUAGGAACAUCACACCUGCCAACUUGUCAUAUUUCUGCUGACAUGCAAGCACAGGGUCUCCUGAGGCUUUUCCGCAAUCAGAUCUGUCCUGGGACCGGGUUCUUGAUCAGUUCUUCCACGCGGACCCAACACGGAAAUCAUUAAAGCUUUUUCUGUUCUUCUCAUCUGGAAAUACCACUGGAUUUUAUUUUACAUAAACCAACCACUCAGAGCCGAGACAGGAGUUUUUUCGGUAUUGUUGGUGUUGGUGAGCACAUGGCUGUCACCUCUCUUCAUUGUGCAGACACCAGUCCUGGCCUCAGUCUAGGUUUUCUGUUGGCACUAUGAGACUCCUUCCUUGCUGAGUACUUUAACUUUUGUUGUUUUGUUGUUUUUAAGGGGAAGGGUUUUUUUUUCUGGUAAAUGAUCCUUGAAAUGGUCCAGUUUUUCAAAGAGAGGUGCUGCUACUGUAGUGUCCCUCAGAGUGGAGCUUUUCUGCAUCUUACAGAAGCCGUCUUGUGAGGUCACUCGUGGGAGGUCACUCGUGUGGGAGCUGUGUGGUCUCUUGUGGCUUGAGGAGUCUCUGCACAGACUGACUUUCACUCCAGCCUUUUCUUUUUCAACAGCUUUAACAAUGUAGGUGUUAUUGUCUUUGGAGUCCUUGGCAGAGGCAGGAAGAUGUUGAAACUACUGCUCAGUUAUGAAAUAUCAGCUAACAGAUCUGGACUAUUUCAGGUGUAUUAUCAUUGAUCUCGCAACGUGUCAGUUUUGUUUAGUGCUGGAGAAAUGGCCUAUCUGUGUUUGUCUGUUGUGAUGCCUCGGUGAAACGAGUCCCAGUUCUGGUUGUCCGCUCUUCGUUUUCCACACAGCGUCUUACAGAAGUGUUGUGCAGAUCCUGCUGCCUCUCCCACUUGGGACUGUAAAGGCUGCAAAGCAGAGAAAGUCUUUUGUUUUAGUGCUGCAGGUGAAGCAGGAAACAGGCUCUGGUGUUGCAUUGCGUUGUCCUGCUUGUGUGGGGCACCGUUCCCAGCAGCACCCUGGACCCCGGCAGUGGGAGACGCCUUCAGGGUGUGUCUGGGUAGCCCACUCAGAGGGGUGAGCAAGGCGCGGCCCUGGCCAGGGUUCAGCAGCUGGUGUCGCUGCCCCUUGCAGCCAGAAACUAAACAGAAUGUUUCCAGUACGUUCAUGGAGGAGAAGAUUUCUUUGUAUCUGCCUGUGCUGGCAUAUUUUGUCAGUCAAACGCAGUUUUCCCAUGUUCCCACAGUGUUUUUAACCCUGCAGUUUCUACGCAGAGAGCCCCAGUGUACUUGGAAGGCGCUCAGGUGCGUCUAAACUGAACUUUUAGAGAGCUCUGAAACUGACCUCCUGGUGUCCCAGCCUAAUUGUGUCAGUGUGAAGUGUUAUUGCUGGGUUGUGCUCUUGAGAUGCUACAAACUUGAUUAGUGCCUUCAUCGUGCAUGAGGAUUCAGAACCACUUGUCACAUUUUGCUGCAAUGUAUUUGGAAUCCUCCCAAGUCUGUUUACUAUUAUGAUUUUACUUGCUUUCAUUUCUUUGUGGUUUUAAUCUGCUGAACUGCCAGCUCUCCAUUUUGUAGGUUUGUUUUCUUUUUAAUUUGUUGUUUAAAAUUGAUUAAAACAUUUCAAAUAAAUACCAAACUUAAACGUC